UGGAACUAUAAAACCUAUUUUCAUCCUUCCCUAAAAAUACCAGGACGAAAGCCAAACGCCUCCCCAGCCACAGGCGGAGAUCCAUAAAUCAGCACCGCCCUCGUUAGUGCCAAAACGCAUCUCCCCCCGAAGGCAGUCAGAAUUCAUCCUUCUCUCUCUGUGCCUCCCCUCCCAAUCGGAUUCUCUCGCUUUGACAGUUCUUGCAUCCCCUCUGACCUGCAUUUUUCAUUCUCGGCACUCCCACUCUCCCAACCCCCUCCCCCCUCCCCCUAAUCAAUGCUCCAGGGGCAUUCCAUCGCUCUGACGGUGUCUGUCCGCCCCCAUCAUCAUGGCCAGCGGUAGGCCUCCAGGACUUCAUCCAGCCGCUGGCCGCGAUGACGAUCUGCUGCAGCUGGAGGAACCGACUCCCUUGUACAAUCCCGGCCAGGGCCCGCCUGUCAACGACGAACAUCUGUUGCGACAAUUCAACAUCAACGACUCCGAUGAACCUCAAGCGCGGCCUUCCGUGUCCUACGAUAGUUUCGUUGGCGGACGACACCAGCAGCAGCACUCCGGCGCCCAUGCGAUGACCUCCGCGCAUCCGCCCGUCCAGUCCGGAGCCUACAUGUCCGAUCCGUAUAUGGGCGCCGAGGCCUCCAGAACAUAUUCGCAGACUUCCGGACUGAGCAACUACCGUCGCUACUCCGUCGACGACUACGACGACGACCAUGGAUACUACAACAUGGACGACGGGGAGGACCCCCUGCACUCCAGCCACCGCGUACGGCAGGCCACCGAGCGGAACAGCAUUCUGGGCCUGGGAGGCGGCCUGAUGGGCCGGGCAAAGCACAUGCUGGGCAUGGCUCCUGAAUACUCGGAGAUGGAUCUGCCGCUGACGGAGCACGGCGCGAGGGCGGCUCGCAUCGACAGUGCCGAUCCGGACGAAUCUCACGGCGCCGCUGCUCCCCGGCCGACGAAACCCAAGAAGUCCAACUUCAAGUUCGGCUUUGGCCGCAGCAAGGUCGACCCGUCCACGCUGGGUCCUCGCAUGAUUGUGUUGAAUAAUCCUCCGGCCAACGCGGUGCACAAGUUCGUCGACAACCACGUGUCCACGGCCAAGUACAAUGUCAUCACCUUCCUGCCGAAAUUCCUCUACGAACAGUUCUCCAAAUACGCCAACCUGUUUUUCUUGUUCACGGCGGUUCUGCAGCAGAUUCCGAACGUGUCUCCGACCAAUCGAUACACCACCAUUGGUCCGCUGCUGAUUGUGUUGCUCGUUUCCGCGAUCAAGGAACUUGUCGAGGAUUACAAGCGAAGGGCUUCGGACAAGGGACUGAACUACUCGAAAACGCAGGUGCUGAAGGGAUCUGCGUUCCACGAAACGAAAUGGAUCGAUGUGUCGGUGGGCGAUAUCGUGCGGGUCGAAUCCGAACAGCCCUUCCCGGCUGAUCUGGUGCUGUUGGCAUCCUCCGAGCCGGAGGGGUUGUGCUACAUUGAGACGGCCAAUCUGGACGGAGAGACCAAUCUGAAGAUCAAGCAGGCGAUCCCGGAAACCGCGCAUCUCGUCAGCCCGGCCGACCUCAGCCGGCUGAGCGGCCGCGUUCGCUCCGAACAGCCGAACAGCAGUCUGUACACCUACGAGGCGACUUUGACCAUGCACGCCGGAGGAGGAGAGAAGGAACUGCCUCUGGCUCCCGACCAACUUCUCCUGCGAGGCGCGACACUGCGAAAUACGCCAUGGGUGCACGGAAUCGUCGUCUUCACCGGUCACGAAACGAAACUGAUGCGCAAUGCCACGGCAACUCCGAUCAAGCGGACCGCGGUCGAGCGCAUGGUCAACAUCCAGAUUCUGAUGUUGGUUGGCAUUCUGAUCGCUCUGAGCGUCAUUAGUUCCGUGGGUGACUUGAUCAUCCGGCAGACCCAGGACCACCGACUGGCGUAUCUGGACUACGGCAGCGUCAACCCCGUCAAGCAGUUUGUGCUCGAUAUUUUCACCUACUGGGUUCUCUACUCCAAUUUGGUUCCCAUCUCGCUGUUCGUGACCAUCGAAAUCGUCAAGUAUGCGCAGGCCUUCUUGAUCAAUUCUGAUCUGGAUAUCUACUACGAGCAAACCGACACCCCGGCAACCUGUCGAACGUCUUCUCUGGUCGAGGAACUCGGCCAGAUCGAGUACAUCUUCUCCGACAAGACGGGUACGCUGACCUGUAACAUGAUGGAGUUCAAGCAGUGCACGAUAGGCGGGAUUCAAUACGGCGAGGACAUUCCGGAAGACCGACGGGCUACGGUGGAAGACGGCGUUGAAGUCGGUGUCCACAACUUCAAACAGCUGCGCGAGAACCUGCAGUCUCAUCGGACGAAGGACGCGAUGCACCACUUCCUGACCUUGCUUGCUACAUGCCAUACUGUUAUCCCGGAGCGCAACGACGAAAAGCCGGACCAGAUCAAAUACCAAGCCGCGUCUCCGGACGAGGGUGCUUUGGUGGAGGGCGCGGCACAGCUGGGUUAUCAAUUCACCAACCGGAAACCUCGUUCGGUGCUCAUCAGCGUGGGUGGCCAGGAAUACGAAUACGAACUACUGGCGGUCUGCGAGUUCAACUCCACCCGAAAGCGAAUGUCGACGAUCUUCCGCUGUCCCGAUGGCAAGGUCCGUAUCUACACGAAGGGUGCAGACACCGUCAUCUUGGAGCGUCUGAAUUCGGACAACCCCAUCGUUGAAUCGACUUUGCAACAUCUGGAAGACUAUGCCUCGGAAGGUCUUCGCACGCUGUGUUUGGCCAUGCGUGAGAUCCCCGAGGAAGAGUUCCAGCAGUGGUACCAGAUCUUCGACAAGGCAGCGACGACGGUCGGCGGUAAUCGUGCGGAUGAGCUGGACAAAGCGUCGGAGCUGAUCGAGAAGGACUUUUACCUGCUGGGCGCCACGGCUAUCGAGGAUCGUCUGCAGGAUGGAGUUCCGGACACCAUCCACACGCUCCAGACUGCCGGAAUCAAGGUCUGGGUGUUGACCGGUGACCGACAGGAAACGGCUAUUAACAUUGGCAUGUCCUGCAAACUGAUCUCGGAGGACAUGACUCUGUUGGUGAUCAACGAGGAAACGGCGCAAGCUACCAGUGACAACAUCUCGAAGAAGCUGCAGGCUGUCCAAACCCAGUCGGCUUCCGGAGAGACCGAACCGUUGGCUCUUGUGAUCGACGGACGAUCCUUGACUUUUGCCUUGGAGAAGGAUAUGGAGAAGAUGUUUUUGGACUUGGCGGUGCAAUGUAAGGCGGUGGUUUGCUGUCGUGUUUCUCCUCUUCAAAAAGCUUUGGUCGUCAAAUUGGUCAAGCGCCAUCUCAAGUCGCUACUUCUCGCCAUUGGUGACGGCGCCAAUGAUGUGUCUAUGAUUCAGGCCGCUCAUGUUGGCGUCGGUAUCAGCGGUGUCGAAGGUCUUCAAGCUGCGCGGUCCGCCGAUGUGUCGAUUGCCCAGUUCCGUUUUCUUCGCAAACUACUUCUGGUGCAUGGCGCGUGGAGCUACCAUCGAAUCAGUCGGGUUAUUCUGUAUUCGUUCUAUAAGAACAUUGCGCUUUAUAUGACUCAAUUUUGGUACUCUUUCCAAAACGCGUUCUCUGGUGAAGUCAUCUACGAAUCGUGGACUCUUUCCUUCUACAACGUCUUUUUCACCGUGCUCCCCCCGUUUGCCAUGGGCAUCUGUGACCAGUUUAUCUCCGCCCGGUUACUCGAUCGAUAUCCUCAACUGUACCAGCUUGGACAGAAAGGGAUGUUCUUCAAGCGACACAGUUUCUGGUCCUGGGUUCUCAACGGCUUCUAUCACUCCCUGAUUCUCUACAUCGUUUCUGAAUUGAUCUUCCUCUGGGAUCUUCCCCAAGCCGACGGCAUGGUCGCCGGCCACUGGGUCUGGGGCUCGGCCCUCUACACGGCCGUGUUGGCAACGGUGCUCGGCAAAGCCGCGCUCAUCACCAACAUCUGGACCAAGUAUACGUUCAUCGCCAUCCCCGGAUCGAUGGUCAUCUGGCUGGCGUUCCUGCCAGCCUACGGCUACGCGGCGCCGGCCAUCGGCUUCUCGACCGAAUACUACGGCACGAUCCCGCGGCUGUUCAAGUCGCCCGUGUUCUACCUCAUGGCCGUGGUCCUCCCCUGCGUCUGCCUCCUGCGCGACUACGCCUGGAAAUACGCCAAACGCAUGUACUACCCGCAGCACUACCACCACGUGCAGGAGAUCCAGAAGUACAACGUCCAGGACUACCGGCCGCGCAUGGAGCAGUUCCAGAAGGCGAUCCGCAAGGUGCGCCAGGUGCAGCGCAUGCGCAAGCAGCGCGGGUACGCGUUCAGUCAGGCGGACGAGGGCGGGCAGAUGCGCGUUGUCAACGCUUACGAUACCACGAGGGGAAGAGGUAGAUAUGGUGAAAUGACUAGUUCCAGGGCUCUGGUUUAAUGAUGUGUUAUACUGUUUUUUGACUUUCCUUCUUGACUGUUUAUCUUUUUGAUUGUCUGAUUCUGAUCUUGAGCUCCGUUAGGCUGGCUAUGCUUGAGCGAUUCUCAACUUGAUCUUACUUUAUCGUGUCU